UCGGCUCCCAGGUUCGGAACCCGAGCCUCCGGUAGGACUCCAAAGCUGCGCCCCUCGAAAACCCCACUGAAAGAGAUACGAAGCAAGGGGCAAGAGAGAGAAAACAAAACACAGCGCAUUUCUAGAAAGAGAAAGAAAGAACCUAUUCUAGAGAGAGAAAGAGCGGAGUCUGCACGCGCGCGCGAUGGUUCAGAUAGCGAGGAGGAAGAAGGGACGGCCGUCGAAGGCGGAUCUGGCGCGCCGCUCCGGUGAGUCUCAAUCCGAUCCCCGGCGGAGCCUCCGGCGCCGGAGCGUGAGGUACAACAUCAUCGACUACGACGGAGAUUACCUUGACGACGACGAGGAGGACGAGAGGAGGCGCGAAAAGAAGAAGCUCAAGCUCAUGGCGAAGCUGAACCAAGACGUCGGAGAAGAAGAAGAGGAGGAAGAGCGGGAAGAAGAAGAAGAAGAAAAUGAGACUGCACCGAACCACACUCGUGCCAAGUCGCGUGAGGAGCACGCGCCGGUAGAAGAAUACGACGACGACGAAAAAGAACAAGAGGAAGAGAACGAAAACGAACAAGAGGAAGAGAACGAAGAAGACGAAGAAAGUGUGGCAAAGGGCAGAAAAGUGGAAUGGAAAGGGCUCCACUCUGUUUCUGCUUCAGGAGCUCCAGUGAUUCUUCAAUCUGGGAUUCCGUUGCCUGAUAAGAGAACUCUGGAAUUGAUCCUUGACAAGCUUCAGAAGAAGGACACUUAUGGUGUGUUUGCGGACCCUGUUGAUCCAGAAGAGCUUCCUGAUUAUCAUGAUGUGAUUGAGCAUCCCAUGGACUUUGCUACUGUGAGGAAGAAGUUGGGAAAUGGAUCUUAUACUACCUUAGAACAAUUUGAGACUGAUGUCUUUUUAAUUUGCUCAAAUGCAAUGCAAUACAAUGCACCAGAGACUAUAUACCACAAACAGGCACGAUCAAUACAAGAACUUGGACGGAAGAAGUUUGAGAAGUUAAGGAUUGGCUUUGAACGCUCUCAGAAUGAGCUGAAAUCAGAACAAAAAGCAGGAUCCAAUUAUUUGGUUAAGAAGCAACCAAAGAAGCCACUGGCACGUGCCUCACAAGAACCUGUUGGCUCUGAUUUCUCCUCAGGGGCAACUCUUGCUACUAUUGCAGAUGUACAGCCAACUUCCCAUCUGAUGCAAGGUGGUAGAUGUGAGAGGUCUGGCAAUCUUGAUGGUAUUUUGGAGGCAAACGCUUUCUGGAUUGAUGCAAAUCAAGAGAAAUCUGAAGAUGUUUUGUCAGGGAAAGGUCUUCUCUCUAAGUGGGGAAGGAAGUCCUUUGCGCUUGAUGAAAGUCGUCGUGCAUCUUAUAAUAUGUCCAAUCAACCAAUUGUUAGAUCAGAUUCAAUAUUUAUGACCUUUGAGAGUGAAAUGAAGCAUCUGGUUACUGUAGGACUUCAAGCAGAAUAUUCCUAUGCUAGGAGUUUGGCUCGUUUUAGUGCAUCUUUGGGACCUAUUGCUUGGAAAAUUGCUUCCCACAGGAUUCAACAUGCACUGCCAACUGGAUGUAAAUUUGGUCGUGGUUGGGUUGGAGAGUAUGAACCACUCCCAACCCCAAUAUUAAUGGUUAAUAAUCGUGUCCAAAAAGAAACUAGUUUGGUUAUGAAGUUGCAUUCCACUACUGAAUUACCAAAGGGUAACCAAAAUUGUAAGAAUGUGGAAUCCAGCAUCCUACAUCCUGUAAAUGGACAGAAGCUUGAGGGAAAUCCUCCUUCAAUACCUGACUUAGAAGGAAAACCUUUCUUUGGUUCUGCUGCAGUAAGGUUCAGUGCUCCUGUCAACAUCCUUAAUCAGGUGCAGAACGCCCAAUCCAGGAAAUUAGGCAAGUCUGAGAAUAAGAAACAAUUGGAGUUGAAUUCUUUAACCUCAAGUAAUCAGAAUAAUAAUGAUCUGGUUGCGAAGUUUACAAGUAAUGCUCCUGCAGUAGAGUCCAAGCCCAGAGAGAUGGGGCCAAGGAACAUGUUUAAACAUCCACAUACUAAUGGAGUUGUUAGUGGAGAGUUUCCUAAUGGAAAAGUCACGAAUACAAGUUUGAUUAGACAGGUGACUGGUUCAUCACCUGAAAGUACAUCACAUCAAUCUAGCAGAGCUGCUCCUGCUGUUGUCCAUGGGCAGGAGCAGGGUCUUAGUGACCCAGUUCAGUUGAUGAGAAUGUUUGCAGAAAGGGCUCAAAAGCAACACACUUCUUCCAAUCAUUCUCUUGUUGAUACUCCGCCAGUGACACUAUCAGGUCCAUCUGGACAGAGAAAUGACUCGGGCAAUGCUUCAGCAGCAGCUGCCCAUGCAUGGAUGUCUGUCGGGGCAGGAGGGUUUAAACAAGGACCCAACAAUUCUAGUUCACCCAAAAAUCAUAUAUCUGCAGAUUCUUUGUACAACUCAACAAGAGAAUUGCAUCAGCAUAUUUCAAGAAUUCGGGGGGAGUUUCCCUCUGGUGGAAUGCCUUUCCAACCAUUUCAAGCAGUUGCUCCUCAACCUAUUCACACAGGCGCUGUUUCACAGUUUCCCAACCGGCCUAUGGUUUUCCCUCAGUUAGAAUCUGCUGACCAAGCUAGCUUUCAAAUGAGAAUGUUUGCAGAAAGGGCUCAAAAGCAACACACUUCUUCCAAUCAUUCCCUUGUUGAUACUCUGCCAGUGACAUUAUCAGGUCCAUCUGAACAGAGAAAUGACUCGGGCAAUGCUUCAGCAACAGCUGCCCAUGCAUGGAUGUCUGUUGGGGCUGGAGGGUUUAAACAAGGACCCGAUAAUUCUAGUUCACCCAAAAAUAAGAUAUCUGUAGAAUCUUUGUACAACUCAACAAGAGAGUUGCAUCAGCAUAUUUCAAGAAUUCGGGGGGAGUUUCCCUCUGGUGGAAUGCCUUUCCAACCAUUUCAAGCAGUUGCUCCUCAACCUAUUCAGACAGGCACUGUUUCCCAGUUUCCCAACCGGCCUAUGGUUUUCCCUCAGUUAGCAUCUGCUGAUCAAUCUAGAUUUCAAAUGCAGCCCCCUUGGCGAGGUCUUAGUCCUCGUAGCCAGUCAAGGCAGAAACAGGAAACCCUUCCACCUGACUUGAAUAUUGAUUUUGAAUCACCAGGGUCACCUGUAAAACAAUCUUCUGGUGUCCUUGUUGACUCACAGCAACCAGACCUAGCUUUGCAACUGUGAUGAGGCAUUGCUGUCUUGGUAUGGGUGUUUCCACUUGAAUUGGACUGGUCAUGGAAUUUGCAGCUCCUGUAAUUGAAUGUUGAAUUUUGAUCCUUGAAGACUUGCAUAAUAAAUGUGAAAAUGCCAAAAUUUACCGAGAUUGGAAUUUUGCACAAGGUAGUCCUGAGUCGAAAUCAGUGCCGGAGACUUCUGUGGAUUUAACAGAAAUAACUUCAUGAUUCACCAUAAUUUCCUGAUGAGGAUUACCGAGUCCAUGCACCAUGUCUCUGUUAACCUAGGGUUGGAGUUGUAGAAAAAGUCUGCAAGUUGAUUGAUUAUAUUGGUUGCAGGAAAAUUGCAAAAUAUAUUGUUGAUGCCUUGUAUGUAUAUUGUUCACAAAUUGAUUAAAUUUGGUUGCCUAGAUAUUUCGUUCCAUUGAUGACUACUUAUGUAUCUGAAUUGGUGGUAGGGCAUCACUUAUUAUUUUGUACAUGAGAUUAACAUGUUACUAAUGGAAAGUGAUUGCUUGCGUCUUUUUCUUUAUUUAA